AAAAAGAGAGCCGUCAUCAGGAAAAAAAAAGAAAAAAGAAAAAAAAAAGGAGAAAGGAAAACUAGAAAAUGAAUAGAAAGAGAAUUCAUUCAGUUCUGUAAUUCCGUUCUAAACCGAAGACCAAAAAGAAAGUGUGAAAUUUGAAAUACAGAGGUCGUUGCUUCCCCAUUUCCAAAGAUGAACGGCGGCCCCUCUGGUUUCAAUAAUGCUCCGGUGACCAAAACCUUUGUAAUUGCAUCUGCCCUCUUCACUGUAUUCUUUGGGAUCCAAGGUCGUUCUUUCAAGCUCGGUUUGUCCUAUCAGGAUAUUUUCACAAAACUUAGCAUAUGGAAGUUAAUCACAUCAGUCUUUGCCUUUUCAUCUACACCAGAACUGAUGUUUGGACUUUAUCUACUGUACUACUUCAGGGUCUUUGAGCGACAAAUUGGUUCCAAUAAGUACUCUGUUUUUAUUUUGUUCUCAGUAAUGGCUUCAUUCCUCUUUGAGGUUAUGGCAGUAGCUAUCCUUAAAGAUCCCACAUCUAACCUGCUCACUUCUGGACCUUAUGGCCUCAUAUUUGCUUCAUUCGUACCCUUUUUUUUUGACAUCCCGGUUUCAACAUGGUUUCGUAUUUUUGGUGUUCGCUUCUCCAAUAAGUCUUUCAUCUAUCUAGCUGGUCUUCAGCUGCUUCUAUCAUCUUGGAAAAGAUCUCUCUUGCCAGGGAUAUGUGGCAUCCUUGCUGGUUCCUUAUAUCGUCUAAAUGUCUUCCGCAUCCGAAAGGCUAAGUUCCCUGAGUUUAUUACAUCAUUCUUUUCGCGUCUUUCUUGGCCUUCUAUUGGGAAUCCACCUACAACACCGGCUAGGAAUCUUGCAGGAAAUGUACCUUCCUACACAACUCGCCAAGUGGAGAGAACCUAUCCAUCCGCAGUUGCAUCUUCAGCCAUAGAGCCAUCGGAGGAUGCUGUUGCUACGCUGGUGUCUAUGGGCUUUGAUCAGAACUCAGCUAGGCAGGCACUUGUGCAUGCUAGAAAUGACAUCAAUGCUGCCACAAACAUUCUUCUUGAAGCACAGUCCCACUAAUUGAAACAUAGAAUUGCUGGCGAAAAGUGGAUGCCGGGAUGUUAUUUCAUCGGUAUAAAUGCAUAAUCACACAUAUAUUGGAUGGCAACCAAUUUGCUUGCCUCCGGGGGUUAUGUGGCAUUCCAAGAUUUCACUAUGGAGUAGUAUUUUCUUCCAUUUUGCUCUCACAUAUUUCUGUUAGUAGCAGUAAUCAUACACCAAUGCAACUCAAAACUUGGGGAGUUCUUUUUUUUUUUUUUUUUUUUGAAAUUGUUUACCCUCAUGCAAAUGCAUGCGUCUUACCAAAAGGAUACAUGUGCGUAAUGAUGCAAGUUUGUAAAUUUGUUUGACUUAAAUAGACAACUUAGGUACCGUUUAGUUCCUGCCAAAUUUCCUCAUUAUUCCAGACUACAAGGCGAAAAUGCUGAUAAUAUAUAAAGCUUAAUGAGCGUUUUGGUA